CUCAUCAGGCGUGGUGGUCACAGCUCAUCAGGCGUGGUGGUCACAGCUCAUCAGGCGUGGUGGUCACAGCUCAUCAAGCAUGGUGGUCACAGCUCAUCAAGCGUGGUCGUCACAGCUCAUCAAGCGUGGUGGUCACAGCUCAUCAAGCAUGGUGGUCACAGCUCAUCAGGCGUGGUGGUCACAGCUCAUCAGGCGUGGUGGUCACAGCUCAUCAAGCGUGGUCGUCACAGCUCAUCAAGCGUGGUCGUCACAGCUCAUCAAGCGUGGUGGUCACAGCUCAUCAAGCGUGGUGGUCACAGCUCAUCAGGCGUGGUGGUCACAGCUCAUCAAGCGUGGUGGUCACAAUUCAUCAGGCGUG